GACUGCACUGUCCUGUCUGUGCUGGAAAAUGGCUGCUGAACGGAGCUGCCGGGAGCUCGGGGAAAACUGAGAAUAAAAGUCCACGUCGGGGUCGAGAAGUGCUAUCUGGAGCGUCUUUUACAACUCGGGGAGCCGCGGCGGUCACCAUGACUCGCUGGGUGCCCACCAAAAGGGAAAAGUACGGAGUUGCGAUCUAUAACUAUGAUGCCCGGGGAGAGGAGGAGCUGUCACUGCAGAUUGGAGACACAGUUCACAUACUUGAGACGUAUGAAGACUGGUACAGAGGUCACAGGCUGAGGAGGAAGUCAAAGAAGGGCGUAUUUCCAGCUUGUUAUAUACACCUGAAGGAUGCCACAGUCGAGGGCAGUGGGCACAAGGAGACGGUCAUCCCCACGGAGCUGCCCCUGGUUCAGGAGGUUACCACCACGUUGCGGGAGUGGGCUACGAUAUGGAGGGACUUAUACGUGGGUGACAAGCGUGAGAUGUUCAACUCGGUCCGUGAUAUGAUCUACGACCUCAUUGAAUGGCGGUCACAGAUCCUGUCCGGCACCCUCCCACAGGAUGAGCUCUCUGAGCUCAAACAGAAGGUCACCUCCAAGAUAGACUACGGCAACAAGUACUUGGAUCUUGAUUUGGUGGUCAGAGAUAAGGAUGGAAACAUACUGGAUCCAGAGCUCACCAGCACCAUCAGCUUGUUCACGGCCCAUGAAGCAGCCUCCAAACAAAUAGAGGACCGAAUCCAAGAGGAGAAGUCUCAGAAGCAGAAUAUUGAUCUGACAAGACAAGCAAAGUUUGCUUCGACACCAGCUUUCGCCCUCUUUGUGACUCUGAAGAAUGUAGUAUGUAAGAUCGGCGAGGAUGCAGAGGUGCUUAUGUCGCUCUAUGACCCGGUGGAUUCCAAAUUUAUCAGUGAGAACUACCUGGUGAAGUGGUCGAGCUCGGGUCUGGUGAAAGACAUAGACCAGCUUCACAAUCUGCGCGCCGUUAUCACGGACUUGGGAAGUGAAGAUUUGAACAGGGAGAGGAUCAGUUUUGUGUGUCAGAUUGUCAGAGUUGGGCGCAUGGAGCUACGAGACAACAACACCAAGAGGCUGACGUCGGGUCUGAGAAGACCCUUUGGAGUGGCAGUAAUGGAUGUCACCGACAUCAUAACAGGCAAAAUGGACGAUGAAGACAAGCAGCACUUUAUCCCAUUUCAGCCGGUAGCGUUGGAUGACGCCAUUCGCCACAAGCAGCUGAACAUCUCCCGUUUUUCACCCAGGGUGGCGGGGGAGAACGACUUCCUCCAGACAGUCAUCAACAAAGUUAUCACCGCCAAAGAGGUCAAUCAUAAGGGCCAAGGCCUGUGGGUGACUUUAAAGCUGCUUCCUGGGGACAUCCAUCAGAUAAGGAAAGACUUCCCUCACCUGGUGGAUCGAUCAACAGCCGUGGCGCGCAAAAUGGGCUUCCCUGAGAUAAUUAUGCCAGGUGACGUUCGAAACGACAUCUAUGUGACUCUGGUCCAGGGAGAUUUUGACAAGGGGAGUAAGAAGACACCCAAAAAUGUUGAGGUGACCAUGUCUGUGUAUGAUGAAGAUGGCAAGAGACUGGAGAACGCGAUCUUCCCUGGAGCUGGAGAUGACGGCAUUAACGAGUACAAGUCCGUCAUCUACUACCAAGUAAAGCAGCCACGUUGGUUUGAAACAAUAAAGGUCGCUAUUCCCAUUGAAGACGUGAACCGGAGCCAUUUGCGCUUCACCUUCCGCCACCGCUCGUCACAGGAUUCCAAAGAUAAGUCUGAGAAGAUAUUUGCCCUGUCUUUCGUGAGACUGAUGAGGUAUGAUGGAACCACUCUGAGGGAUGGUGAGCACGACCUCAUCGUGUACAAGGCAGAAUCAAAGAAGCUGGAGGAUAUGUGUCUUUACCUAAACCUGCCUUCCACCAAGCUGGAGCUGGAAGAGAAGGGCUACUCCACCACUGGGAAAAGCACCCAGAACCUGGGGAUCUGCACCAUCACCAAGGAUUCCUUCCAGAUCGCCACCCUAGUGUGCUCCACCAAGCUCACACAAAACGUUGACCUCCUUGGUUUGCUGAAAUGGCGCUCGAACACCAGUCUUCUGCAGCAGAACCUCCGCCAGCUGAUGAAGGUUGAAGGUGGAGAAGUUGUGAAGUUUCUGCAAGACACCCUGGAUGCUCUCUUCAACAUCAUGAUGGAAAACUCCGACAGUGACACUUUUGAUACGUUGGUGUUUGAUGCCUUGGUGUUCAUAAUUGGACUCAUAGCCGACAGGAAGUUCCAGCACUUUAACCCCGUUCUCGAGACGUACAUUCGCAAGCACUUCAGCGCGACGCUGGCGUACACGAAGCUGACCAAAGUUUUGAAGAACUACGUGGAAAAUGCAGAGAAGCUCACAGAGCAGCUGCUCAAGGCCAUGAAGGCUCUGGAGUACAUCUUCAAGUUCAUCGUGCGCUCCAGAGUCCUCUUCAACCAGCUCUAUGAGAACAAAGGAGAGGCCGACUUCAUGGAGUCCUUGAGGAACCUUUUCACAUCUUUUAAUGACAUGAUGAACAGUAACUCAGAAAACACUGGCAUGGUGAAGGGCGCUGCACUGAGAUAUAUUCCCACCAUUGUCAAUGAUGUCAAGCUGGUCUUUGAUCCCAAGGAUCUAAGCAAGCUGUUCACCGAGUUCAUCCUGAAGGUCCCUCUGGGUCGCCUGGUGAAACAGAAGCUGGACUGUCUGAUUGACAUCGUCCACAGCGAUCUCUUCACUCAUCACGCAGAUUGCCGCGAGAUCCUCCUGCCUCUGAUGACGGACCAGCUGAAGUUCCACCUGGAGAAGCGAGAGGAGCUGAAGGCCUGCUGCCAGCUGCUCUGUGACAUUCUGGAGGUGCUCUACAGGAAGGAUGUGGGUCCCACCCAGUGGCACGUGCAGAUCGUCAUGGAGAAGCUCCUGAGAACCGUUAACAGGACAGUCAUCUCCAUGGGCCGCGACUCUCCUCACAUUGGGAGCUUCGUGGCCUGCAUGACUGCUACACUGAGGCAGAUGGAUGACUAUCAUUAUGCUCAUCUGAUCAACACCUUCGGCACGAUAAGGAGUGAUGUGGUUGAUUUCCUAAUGGAAACAUUUAUCAUGUUUAAAGACCUCAUCGGAAAGAAUGUGUACCCCUCGGACUGGAUCAUAAUGAACAUGAUGCAAAAUAAGGUUUUUCUGCGGGCUAUUAGUCAGUAUGCAGCGGUGUUAAACAAGAAGUUUCUGGAUCAAACCAACUUUGAGCUGCAGCUGUGGAACAAUUACUUCCACUUGGCUGUAGCCUUCCUCACCCAGGAGUCUUUGCAGCUAGAGAACUUCUCGAGUGACAAAAGGGCCAAGAUUUUCCACAAGUACCAGGACAUGAGGAGACAGAUCGGCUUUGAAAUCAGGGAUAUGUGGUACAAUCUAGGCCCUCACAAGAUAAAAUUCAUCCCUGAGAUGGUGGGUCCUAUGCUGGAGAUGACACUCGUUCCUGAGAUCGAGCUGCGGAAAGCCACCAUCCCCAUCUUCUUUGACAUGAUGCAGUGCGAGUUCCACUUCACCUGCUGCUUUCAACGGUUCGAGAACGAGAUCAUCACCAAGCUGGAUCACGAGGUGGAGGGGGGCCGCGGAGACGAGCAGUACAAAGUUCUCUUUCAGAAAAUUUUACUGGAGCACUGCCGGAAGCACAAGUACCUGGCCAGGACUGGGGAGAACUUUGUCACCCUGGUGGUGCGUCUGCUGGAGAGGCUGCUGGACUACAGGACCAUCAUGCACGACGAGAACAAGGAAAACCGCAUGAGCUGCACCGUCAACGUGCUCAACUUCUACAAGGAGAUAGACAGAGAGGAGAUGUACAUCAGGUACCUGUACAAGCUGUGCGACCUCCACAGAGAAUGUGACAACUAUACUGAGGCUGCGUACACUCUGCUGCUACAUGCGAAGUUGCUCAAGUGGUCAGAUGAGCCCUGCGCAGCCCACCUGACCCAGAGAGACGGUUACCAGGCCACCACUCAAGGACAGCUUAAGGACCAGCUCUACCAAGAGAUCAUUAAUUACUUCGACAAGGGCAAGAUGUGGGAGGAAGCCAUCAUUUUGAGCAAGGAACUGGCCGAACAGUAUGAGAAUGAAAUGUUCGACUUUGAGCAGCUUAGUGCAUCCUUGCGGAAACAGGCCCAGUUCUACGAGAACAUUGUGAAGGUCAUCCGACCCAGACCGGACUACUUUGCCGUGGGCUAUUACGGAGUGGGGUUCCCGUCUUUCCUGCGUAACAAAAUGUUCAUGUAUCGUGGGAAGGAGUACGAGCGCAGAGAGGAUUUUGAAGCCCGACUCCUCACUCAGUUUCCCAACGCAGAGAAGAUGAAGACGACCACUCCCCCCAGCGAGGACACGAAGUGCUCCUCUGGACAGUAUAUCCAGUGUUUCACGGUGAAACCCAUCCUCGACCUGCCAGCCAAGUUCCAAAACAAGCCCGUCUCUGAACAAAUUGUCAGCUUCUACACUGUAAAUGAAGUCCAUAAAUUCCAGUAUUCCAGGCCGGUGAGGAAGGGAGAGAAGGAUCCUGACAACGAGUUUGCGAACAUGUGGAUCGAGAGGACCACAUAUUCGACAGCAUACAAACUUCCUGGGAUUUUGAGGUGGUUUGAAGUCAAGUCAGUCUCCACGGAAGAGAUCAGUCCUCUGGAAAAUGCCAUGGAAACGAUGCAGCUAACCAACGAGAAGAUCAGCAGCAUGGUGCAGAGGCAUCUCAAUGAUCCCAACCUUCCCAUCAAUCCGCUCUCCAUGCUGCUGAAUGGGAUCGUAGACCCGGCCGUCAUGGGAGGAUUCACCAACUAUGAGAAGGCCUUCUUCAAUGACAAGUACAUGCAGGAGCACCCCGAGGACCUAGAGAAGAUAGAGAAGCUGAAAGAUCUGAUCGCCUGGCAGAUACCACAUCUCGCCGAAGGUGUUCGUAUCCAUGGCGAGAAGGUGACGGAGGCGCUGAGGCCCUUCCACGACCGCUUGGAGGCGUGCUUCAAGCAGCUGCGCGAGAAGGUGGAGAAGCAGUAUGGAGUCAAGACUCUGCCGGCAGCAGAUGAGCGGCGGGGGCCUCGUCCUGCCUCGAUGGUGCGCUCCUUCACCAUGCCCUCCUCCCAGAGGCCGUUGUCAGUAGCUUCAGUUACCUCCAUCUCCUCCGACAACUCCCCCUCCAGGCCCGGCUCAGAUGGCUUUGCUCUGGAGCCUCUACUGCCAAAGAAGCUGCACACCAAGUCUCAGGACAAACUGGACCGGGACGAACCUGAAAAGGAGCGCAAGGAGAAGAAGAAGGAGAAGAGGAACAGCAAGCACCAGGAGAUCUUUGACAGAGAGUUGAAGACGACAGAAAUCCCGAUGCAGCCAGCUGAAGCUGUCAUCCUCUCAGAGACGAUCAGCCCUCUGAGGCCUCAAAGACCGAGGAGUCAAGUUCUGAACCAGAUGGGCGGAGACCGCCGCCUCUCCGUUUCUCCCGGGCCCCCGUCUUCCUCCGGCUCCUCCUCCUCACCGGGACCCCCACCCAUCACACCCCGGAGCAAAGCUUCCUUCAGUCUACACGCUGUUUCCAGUCUGGAGCUGAACGGGAUGGGAUGUCCUGACAAGGGUGAAACCCCGCCGCCGCUGCCGGUGAAAGGCAGCACAGCCGAUUACGGCAACCUGCUAGAUAAUCAAGACUUGACGAUUCCCUCGACGCCUCCGCCGCCCCCGCCGCAUCAAAGACACAUUCCACCCCCUCUGCCAAGCAAGACCCCCCCUCCGCCGCCUCCCAAGACCACCAGGAAACAGGCCUCCAUCGAUUCAGGAAUUGUACAGUAAACAAAGACGCUGAAUUUAGGACCAGUCAGCGCAACAAAAACCGCCAUCAACAGUGAGCGUUUCCCCCCAGAAGAAAUGGUUGUUUUCACCCACACGCUCCUCGCCCGCAGCCCCGGCUUGACAAGAUGAAUACCUCACCGCAGCCCACCCCCUCUUAUCAUCUUUAAUUCUCUCCUUUAUUCUUUUUGCCUUCUGUUUGACAACGAUGCAGUUUGCAGCACGGUAUAUGUUGCACGGAUGAAUAGCCGACGGCGUCUGUGACGACACCAGACCACAUCAAGCUUUUAACUUGACAUGAGAUUGUGCGACGACAGAUAAGCUUGGACCAAAAGUUUUCCAAUACUGACCCGCUCUCGUGUAUUUGAGAGCACACUGCUCAUUAAAAGCAUUAUUCCAGUCUCUUUUUAGCAUAUUCCCACUAUGUACAGUUUUUUGUAUAUAUAAUUUUAUUUUAUGUCAUGUUUUUUUUGUAUGUAAUUUUGAUCAGGACUCUUUUUGUAUUAACAUAUCAUUAGAUUAAGAGGCAUUUAUAUGAAACAAAAAAGGGCUUGUGGUUUGAAUUGAUAAGGACUUUACAGAGCUGGUAUUUGAAAACCAACCGUGGAUUUUAUUGGUAAAAUAUUUGGAGUGCACAUACAACUAACUUCCAUCUCUCUCUCUCUCUCUCUCUCUCUCAUCGUUCAGUCCUUGUCCUUGAUUGCUGUAACCUUGGAUUUCAGUAAUAUUGACUGUACCCGGUUCACUACUGACAUGACUUCUGAAUAAACUUUCAAAUGUAUGUAUUUUUAAAAA